AUGUCCCCCCAGCGACCCUUCCUCUCCAGCUUCUUCGCCGCCUUCCGCCAACAGCCUCCAUCCUCGAUGCCACAAUCCUCAGCGCAGGCGUCGUCAGCAAAUAAGCAGCCAACCUCAUCCACGACGACAACAUCCUACUCCGUCUCGACGGCUGCACCCUCCACAUCACGCGGCAUAGCAGCGCAGGCGGCGGCGGCCGCCCAGUCACAGUCCGCCGCCGCCGCCGCCCGGGGGGUCACGUCGCCGCGCGGCAUCCCCAUCCCCCAGCAGCCGCGGCGGCGCGGGAGCGACAGCUCCACCGAGGGGUUCCGCGAGGUGCUCGGCGCCGACAAGAUGUACAUCGGCGGGAAGACGGCCGCCGGCGAGGAGAAGUACUUCAAGCUGGGCAUGGUGAGGAGGGUGCGGAGCGGCGACAGGCUCAGCAUCGACCGGUUGAGCUUAUGA